AUGCUAAAAAUAUUUAUUUUUUGUUCUUUAAUCGCAUCACGAAAUAUUUACAAUUUGAACAAUAUUUUUCAAGGGAUGGCAAAGGAGGGCAAUAAAUUACAGAGGAAGGGAAGUUCUCGCGUCGAGAACUCCAAUUUAUGUUCUUAUAAUCAAACGGCUUACAAGUUUAGAUUGGGAAAGAACAUUGAAAAAAAUUCUGUAUAA